AUGCCGUAUGUUGCUCUCAGCGAUGUCUGGGGCGGCGUCAAGUCCUUGAACUGUCUCCGGUGCAAUGUCCACGAGUUGCAGAUUCCCUCGAUCCUGUCCGUCGAAAGCAAGGGCGUUGUUCUUCCUAAGACCAUCCGCGACGCCAUGGGGCUCGUCGAGCUUCUACGAGAGAGAUAUCUGUGGGUGGACUCGCUGUGCAUCGUCCAGGACGGGCCGGGUAAGCAGCUCGAGCUGGCCAAAAUGUCCGCUAUAUUUGCCAACGCCAUGGUCACUGUCGUCGCCGCGGACGGCUUCGACGCCAAUCACGGACUCCAAGGCCUGCCCGGCAUCUCCACGCCCCGCUGCAUUCGACAGAAAGUCUUCCGGCUUGGCCGCGGGAUGUACGUCUUGGAGGACGACGAUGCGCCCAGCGUCGGAGCCAACGAUGGAUCCGUGUGGGCUACUCGGGGCUGGACAUUCCAAGAACAGCUUUUCUCGCGCAGGAAACUUUGCUUCGAGAGGGGACAGGUAGUAUGGCGCUGUACAGACGCCUGUUGGAGCGAGGCCGAAGAAUCGACGGGUGCUCGUCAAACCGGGAUUGAUAAGGACCAGCAGGACAGAGCCUUGUUCCUUCAGGAUGGUCCAAACAUCUGGCCACUGGUGCGUAUCCUAGACCAGUACAACCAGAGGACCUUCACGUAUCCUGAGGAUUGUCUGCGCGCCUUCGACGGUAUUGCCUACGCCCUGGAAUCGUCUUAUGAGGGGGGGUUCGUUUCGGGCCUCCCAGUCACAUUCUUCGGCAUCGCUCUACUUUGGCGGCCCAGGAAGCAAGCUGUCCGUCGAGUGGCCGCCAACAAAAAAGCAUCCGACGAGAAUUCCCUGCCGUCUCGGAGCUACGCUGGUUGGAAAGGGGGCCUAAACUUCACCAACUGGAGCAGCGUUAUGGACUUGAUUAAACACAAGCCAUCUGCUGUCAUCCCCGGCGCGGUGGACUGUCAUGUCUUCCCCACGGUCGCCUGGGCCUUCCGCAGAAGACCUGGCGACGAAGCAACGCCAAUGCGCGAGUCGUGGCAGGAACAGAGAGUCAGAUACUCCAAGGGAGAAGACAUGAGGUCCUGCCCGCCUGGAUGGACCCGGCACGACAUGUCGGACUUCCCGUAUCGCAAGGGAAGAGAUGAGUACCGGCCGCCAAGUGCGCCCACAGCACCUCGAUGGGUUUUCAAGCACGCGUCGGACACGGACAGCGAGUUCUGGUACCCCAUUCCUAUACCCGCGAACAAGUCGCCAGAGUCAGAGCAGAGGCCGUUAUCUGUGAGCGUCCCGUUUAUCUCGAGCAGGGUUAGGCGAGCUUGGGCCGUCGGAGGGGAGAGGUGCAAGGCGCCAGAUCCGACAAUAUAUCUCCGGGACGCGUUGGGACGGUGGAUCGGGGCUUUGCAGCUUCACAACGAUGAUGGUGCAUGGAAGCCGGGCGAUAGUAGCGCCCGCAAAUGGCUGGAACUGGUCGAAAUUUCCCGCGGCCAGCACCCCGAGAAGUUUCCCGACCCGAGUUUCGAGCCGCCGAAGGAGGGUCGUGAGGCGCGACCGAGAAGUAGUACCGACGGCUACGUCAAGUUUUACUUCGUCCUGUGGAUCGAAUGGGUGGGUGGCAUCGCCUACCGCAGGGGACUGGGGCAUGUCGACAAGGAAUCGUGGGAGGCUCUGGGUUUGGAGACGAUUGAUUUGUUGCUUGGGUAA